AUGCCUUCCCUUGAAAUAACUACAGACUCUUCGAGUGCACGAUGGAAACAUCUGUACAAGGUUUUGAGCAAACCAGGCCCCUUCAGUGAUGAAGAUUGGGUACCCGGAUCGGAGACCAUCGAUGCGCUGGAGACGUCUAAAGUUCUUGUUAUCGGAGCUGGAGGGCUAGGAUGUGAGAUAUUGAAGAAUCUUGCGCUUUCUGGCUUCAAAGAUAUUCAUGUCAUUGACAUGGAUACAAUCGACAUCUCCAACCUCAACCGCCAAUUCUUAUUCCGUCAAUCUGAUGUAGGAAAGCCCAAAGCCGAGGUUGCAGCAGCAUUUGUCCAGAAACGUGUCAAGGGAGUCAAAAUCACGCCAUAUGUCGGAAAGAUCCAAGACAAAGACGAAGACUACUACAUGCAGUUCAAGAUCAUUGUCUGCGGAUUGGAUAGUAUUGAAGCACGCCGAUGGAUUAACUCGACCCUUGUUGGCAUGGUAGAUGCCGAGAAUCCAGAGAGUUUGAAACCUUUGAUUGAUGGGGGUACAGAGGGUUUCAAAGGACAAGCUCGCGUCAUUCUUCCAUCACUCACAUCGUGCAUUGAAUGCCAACUCGAUAUGCACGCCCCCAGAGCUGCUGUUCCACUAUGCACAAUCGCCACCAUUCCCCGACAACCGCAGCACUGUAUCGAAUGGGCCCAUCAAAUUGCUUGGCAGGAAAAGCGGAAAGACGAACCAUUCGACAGCGACGACCUCGACCACAUCUCCUGGAUCUAUCAACACGCCUUGGAGCGCGCGAAGCAAUUCUCUAUUCCCGGAGUUACCUUUCAACUGACGCAGGGUGUCGUGAAGAACAUCAUCCCCGCCAUCGCGUCGACUAAUGCUGUUAUUGCUGCAUCUACAACAUCCGAGGCUUUGAAGAUUGCUACUUCAUGCAACCCGUACUUGGACAACUACAUGAUGUAUGCUGGCGAGGAAGGUGUAUACACCUAUACAUUUACCGCAGAACAGAAACCAGACUGUCCCGUUUGCGGUAACCUCGCACGCACGAUCCAUGUUAACCCUGAAAUCACUCUGGAAGAAUUUAUAGAAAAUCUGGGCGAGCGAGCAGAGGCACAACUCAAGAAGCCUAGUUUGCGAUCCGAGGAGAAAACACUAUACCAACGGUUCCCGCCUCAGUUAGAAGAACAGACGCGGGUUAAUCUACGGUUGAAGCUGAAGGACCUGGUGUCUGAUGGGCAGGAAAUCGCAGUCAGUGACCCUGCGUUCACCAUUGAUUUCCGGUACAAGCUCGUUUUUUCGUGA